AUGGCUUUAAUCCUGAUCGCUGCUUUCGCAGCAGCCUUUCUUGUCUACCACCUCUGUAUUUCCACCCUGUUUAGCCCUCUUGCAAGACUUCCCGGUCCAAAGUCUUUCGCUUUGAGCAGGUGGAAAUUAGCCUAUGAGGACUACAGAGGAACUCGCACACGAAAGAUCAAUUCUCUCCACGAGCAAUAUGGACCGGUUGUUCGUAUCGGCCCCAGUGAGGUGACCUUCAACAGCAUCACAGCUUUGCGUGCAAUCUACGGUGCCGGAAGUGGCUUUGAGCGAACCGGCUUCUACCACAUGUUUGAGGUUUACGGCCGCAAAAAUAUGUUCUCCUUCGCGACCGCGAAGCAGCACGGAGAAAGAAAGAAGCUCUUCGCGGCUGCGUACGCCAAAUCUGUGAUGCUGAAGGGACAGAAUGCGGAGAUCGUCGAGAACAAAGUCAAGCUGUAUAUGGACCUUUUGGAGCGAGAUGGAGGAAAAAGCGAGAUCUUUUCUACCUUGCAUUAUUUCUCCCUGGACACAAUCACUGAGUUCCUCUACGGAUCUUUCGGCAAGACUGCAUGUCUUGAGGGGCUGGGUCGAGACCGCGAGCUCAUUGGAGAUAUCAUCGAUAUUGCACGCCGCAAGCUGUCGUGGUAUGCAGUUCAUUUCCCUCAUUUCACAGAAUGGCUUUACUCGUUGACCGGUUUCAGUGGCUGUAUUGCGAAAUGGCUGUACCCGAUGCAACUGCCCACGACUUACACCGGCAUCAGACUUCACGCGCUGAAAGCCACUCAGAACUAUGCUAUUGCUUCUGCCAGCGCAAGAGCAGGCACAUCAGCCCUGAUUUCUAGACUGUGGAGCCACCACCAUUCUGAAAAGCCAAACGGAAUCGAUGAUCUUGAUAUUGCAGCAGAAUGUGCAGACCAUCUUCUGGCAGGCAUUGACACCACCAGCGACACACUGAUGUUCUUGAUCUGGGCUCUUUCUCGGCCAGAAAACAAGGUGUUCCAAGAGAAGGUCAUUGAGGAAGUCUGCAAUAUCCCCGAAGAAUCGCUCAAUUCGGAUGGCAUCCCCAGAGUAGACAGCAACGACAAGCUCCCUUACCUCGAUGCAGUUAUCAAAGAGACACUCCGGCUUUACGCACCUCUUCCCGGAUCAGAGCCACGCUCACUUCCCUCGGCAGCCACAAUUGAUGGCUACACGAUCCCACCCAAGACAGUGGUUUCUAUGGCCCCAUACUCUCUCCACCGCAACCCUGAAGUCUUCAAGAAUCCCACGAAAUUCAACCCCGACCGCUGGUUGGAUCCUUCUGAGAAUUUGGUAGACAUGAAGAAAUGGUUCUGGGCAUUUUCCAGUGGAGGAAGAAUGUGUAUCGGCAUGCAUUUGGCAAUGGCAGAAAUGACUACUCUGGUCGCAGCCGUUUAUCGAAAAUAUAAAACCACACCAAUGGGUGAUUUUGGCUCCGUCUCUCCUGGCAUCACAGGCCGUUACGAAGUGUUCUAUGAUGACAGUUGUAGUGGAAUGAGGGAACACGAGUGUCAGAUCGAGUUUACACCACAUUAA